GCAAAUAAUCUGACGGUACCCAGAAUUUGAAAUGAGAAAAUCUUGAUAGCUUUUACUGUCGUGGGAUUCAUCGGAAACGAACCACCGAGAUUUCUGUGUAAAGCCCAAUUGACGCACCAACAAUAAGAAUAACUUCUACUCAUUUUGUUGGGAAAAUCAGAAAAUAAAAGGAAGAGGAUAGGGAGAAAUGGGUUCAUCGUUUCAAGGCCUAAAUAGAACAGGGAAGAUGGUGUACAGGGACCUUCUGAAAGCAGUGAGGAAGCACGUUGGAAAACAAGAGCAUAAUUCCCAUUUCACUGAUUUCAUCAAGCAAGAAUUCAGAAAUAAUAUCAAUUCUGAGAACCCACAAAAAUUGAAACUUGCCCAUGAUUACACAGUCUAUCUCAACAGUGUUCAUCACCACAAGGAUCUACUGUUUUCAUACAACAUUGCAGUGGAUAGAUCUGAUGAGAUGAAAAGAAUACUAGGAAAAUCUGCUGCUAGUGUGGGUCUUCAGCUUCCUGAAGUCUAUAAGUCUUGAUAAUCGGAAGUGGAUUUCACGGAAAUGUAAUCAAGGGAUCAUUAUGAGUUUACAGAGUAUGAUGGUUUAUCCUGAAACAGGUUAUUGACACCAUUGACAUGGCAUUUCUACAAUUAACUAACUUUGUUGGAGAUAUAAUUGGGCCUUUGAAAGUAAAGGGUAGUUGAAUUUUUUGCUGACUUUGUUCAAAUAAAUAACUGAAUAAUGUUCUGAUUUAAACGGUUGUUUGAGCUCUUAUACCAGUUGGAACUUAUUUGAUGGUCAUUAGUACUUUUUUUUACUGUGUCUGAUGUCGAGAUAGCAUCUAGUAGCUCGUUGGUUGAAAGGUGACGUGCACUUUAUGCACGCAAGAAACUACUUUUGACUCAAUGUGACAAAUUGUUGGAAGUUUUCCUUUCA